AUGAGUCUGCUACACUGUGAAAACAGCUGCGGAUCCAGCCAGUCCGAGAGCGACUGCUGCGCCGCCAUGGCCGCCAGCUCCUGUGGGACAGCAGCAAAGGACGACAGUGUGAGUGGGACAGCCAGCACGGUGACUCUCUCCAGCUCCUUUAUGGAAGAGAUCCAGGGGUACGACGUGGAGUUCGACCCCCCCCUGGAGAGCAAGUACGAGUGCCCCAUUUGCUUGAUGGCUUUGCGGGAAGCGGUGCAGACACCUUGCGGCCACAGGUUCUGCAAAGCCUGCAUCAUCAAAUCCAUAAGGGAUGCAGGUCACAAAUGUCCAGUUGACAAUGAAAUACUGCUGGAAAAUCAACUGUUUCCUGACAAUUUUGCAAAACGAGAGAUUCUUUCUCUGAUGGUGAAAUGUCCAAAUGAAGGUUGUUUGCACAAGAUGGAACUGAGGCAUCUUGAGGAUCAUCAGGCACACUGUGAGUUUGCUCUUAUGAGUUGUCCCCAAUGCCAGCGUCCCUUCCAGAAAUGCCACCUUAAUAUUCAUAUUCUCAAGGAGUGUCCCAGGAGACAGGUUCCUUGUGAAAACUGUGCUGUAUUGAUGGCAUUUGAAGAUAAAGAGAUUCAUGAGCAGAACUGUCCUUUGGCAAAUGUCAUCUGUGAAUACUGCAAUACCAUGCUCAUCAGAGAACAGAUGCCCAAUCACUAUGAUCUAGAUUGUCCUACAGCCCCAGUUCCAUGCACAUUCAGUGCUUUUGGUUGCCAUGAAAAGAUGCAGAGGAAUCACUUGGCACGCCACCUGCAGGAGAAUACCCAGUCGCAUAUGAGAAUGAUGGCCCAGGCUGUUCAGACUCUAAGCCUCGCGGUAGCUCCCGCGCCUCAGUGCACCGUGCCUCCGUACGACUCUGUCCCUCCCGCCCGGCCUUCCUCUGGGCGUCACUCAGAAGUCCACAAUUUCCAAGAAACCAUUCAACAGUUAGAGGGUCGCCUCGUCAGACAAGACCAUCAAAUCCGGGAACUGACUGCGAAAAUGGAAACCCAGAGCAUGUAUGUAAGUGAGCUCAAGCGAACUAUUCGAACCCUUGAGGACAAAGUUGCUGAAAUAGAAGCACAGCAGUGCAAUGGGAUUUACAUCUGGAAGAUUGGCAACUUUGGGAUGCACUUGAAAUCGCAAGAAGAGGAGAAACCUGUUGUCAUUCACAGCCCCGGAUUCUACACAGGCAAACCCGGCUACAAACUGUGCAUGCGCCUGCACCUGCAGCUGCCGAGCGCGCAGCGCUGUGCCAACUACAUCUCCCUCUUUGUCCACACGAUGCAGGGGGAGUACGACAGCCACCUGCCUUGGCCCUUCCAGGGAACCAUUCGCCUCACGAUCCUCGAUCAGUCUGAAGCAGCUGUGCGGCAGAACCACGAGGAAAUAAUGGACGCCAAGCCAGAGCUCCUCGCCUUUCAGAGACCCACCAUCCCCCGGAACCCCAAGGGUUUUGGCUACGUGACUUUUAUGCAUCUGGAAGCCCUCAGACAAAGAACCUUCGUCAAGGAUGACACGUUAUUAGUACGCUGCGAGGUCUCCACCCGCUUCGACAUGGGCAGUCUUCGGAGGGAGGGUUUCCAGCCGCGGAGUACUGACUCGGGGAUAUAG